CCGAGGACCCACUGUCCUGUCACUGCCCGACACACUAAGCAGGAAGACCAAGGAUCCUCGACAGCCUCUUCACCAAGCCCUCGAAGGAAGCGGCCCCCUUACAGCCACAUCCUACUCAGUGACCGUAAACCUUCAGCAGGAAACCUUCUGGCCACCACCUUCGGGAUAGUUGACCGAGAUGCUGUCACACAGUCACUACCGCUGAUACACGAGAGGGAAAAGGAACACGCGAGGUUGAUCGUGGAGCGGCCAGAGAUCCGGGACCCUCAGGCGGGGUUCGAGGCGCUAGGUGGUAAGUGUGAGUCAUGUGGGACCUGCACUGACAGCUGCCUCAAAAAACUCGGCCUCGAGCACGAAGAUGGUUCUCGCUCACCCUCCAGCGUCUCCCCGAAGGCGGAGAAGAUGUACAGCUUCUUUGAGAAGAGUUUGUCGCUCGUCAGUUCCUCACCGACGCGCUUCGGGGACCAUCUGGCGCCCCGGGAGAAGAGGAGUCACUCCCUGGCUACGCCCACAGCGAUGGCUCAUGUAGUUCGCUUCCAAGAGCUUCACAGUCGCCAUGCUGAGAACCACCUCCUGAGGACGGUCAACAUGGCCACCUCCAACGCCGUCCUGUCCCGCAUCUCGGCGCGUCUGAGGGCCGUGACCACCGCCACCCAGCAAGAGUCUGUCGAGGAGGUGGACGAGGAGGUGGAGAAACUCGCAGCUCAAAACCCCGAGCUCGUGGACUCCCUCAUCAAGGAUGCGAGCGUCCUCAGCGUGACGAACACGAAGGACAAGUCUCUCCCUGCCAGAGACGCAGACCACAAGACGCCUCCCGCUGCUAAGGCGGACAACAUGCGCCGCACUAAAAAACAUGACCAGGUAAAUCCAAGUGCCGACGUUGGCAGUAAUGCCUCACAGACGACUAACGCCAACACAGACACAACGGAGAAGGCGUCCCUCUCUAGUGACACAGUAAACAAGGCGUCCCUCACUACUGACGCAGUAAACAAGGCGUCCCUCACUACUGACGCAGUUAACAAGGUGUCCCUCACUAGUGACACGGCCGCCAGAGUGUUGAACAUGAGUUGUGGAGUGAGGGACUUGAAGCUUCGCCUGGACGAGAAUGAGAUGGAGGGCAGAGAGCGGCCGUCAGGUGGUGAGUCGCAGCGCCCUGUUGACACCAUCAUGAUCACACAGUAACACUUCGCUCACUCAGGGUCAAGACCGGUCAUCCACAAUGAAGCUAGGUCACCCAGGGUCGAGACAGGUCACCCUGGGGUACAGCCUGAUCACCCGGAGUCAAGUUAGAUCUCCCUGGGUUCAGCUGCGUAACCUGAGGUCAUCACACCGUAAAUACCUUGACCGUGGACGACAACCUGAAGGUCACCAUGGAGGAGGAGGAGGAGGAGGAACUUAUGGUGGACGACGCAGUACGACCCACAGAUGGAGUCUUUUGUACAGCAGGAAUAUUUGUACUAAUUAUUUGGCCUUACUGCCUUCCCGAGUCACCUGCCGACCAGCUCCACCAUGGUCAGGGACGCCGAUUCAUGUGUAAACACUGAUCAAUCACUGACGCCUGACUUCACAUGUCAUUUUUACGACUGUAUCUCAAACCUGUUAACAAUCGAUGACUUCUUGCCCAGUGUGGAGUCGAACCUGGGACCUCUGAAUUAUAGUUAAAUGCCACGACCAACACGCCACACCGCACCACACCACAGGAUCCAUUAUAGGAGGGAGAACGUGGGUGGGGUAGGGUGAGGUGUGGUGGGCGGCGGUGGUGGUGAUAAACAACCAACAACACCGUCAGUCACCUUGAGUAAUGACAGAAAACUUUGAUAAAUUACCGGGGUAACUAAAGUAUUCCUUCCAACACAGCGUCAAGUCUCGUACGUCAUGUGGUUGGUAUCGUAACUUACAAUACCCCCAGCACAAGAGCCAUCAACUCUAUAGACAUACACCCUCUAAUGUGUCUAUUUACGAGAGGAGAAAAAAUCUACCUUACGAACUUUUCAAAAUCCGGAUUGAGAUGCUCGGGGUGACCUGACUAUAAGAUCUGUCCAUCAUAUAACUCACAGUAUCGGUGUUUCAUAUACUAUACAUACAUACAUUAUAUAUUUUAUAACAGCUCUACUCAGUGUGAUUUACUUACUGUAUACAUUAUCCAGACUCAAGUAACUUUUAUCCACUCUCUCAGCUUUAUACAUACAUACAUACAUACAUACAUACAUACAGACAUAACAAACAUACCUUAUAUACAUACAUACAUAUAUAUAAAGUGCAAACAGUAAACAUGAGAUUGGAUAGUAUAGAUGAUAACUGGUCAAAUAAAAGGAUAAAUGUUCACUUUAGCUUCGACACAUUAUUUACUGGAUAAUUUGUGGAAGGAAAUUAUAUUGGUGUUUUUGUUUGUAAUAUACAUUUUUUUUAUAGUUGUGGGGGGGGGGAGGUUAGCAAGAGCUGAAGUUAAAACGAUUUUAUAAAACAAAUCACGUGAACCAACCGCAUUCUAUCUCUCCUAACCAAAGGUAACCUAACCUAGCCUAACCAAUCCCAACCCAAAGUAGCCAAACCUAACCAACCAAACUUAACCCAAGUAAACGUAACUCAACCCAAUCCAACCAAACCAAAAGUAAGCUAACCUAACCCAACCUAACCCAACAUAACCUAACCCAACCUAACUCACACACAUUCCACAUAUUAAAACACCAGCUCGGUCAAGAUCCCACCACCAUAAAUCCUGAGAAACUAAUAUGGCGGAGUUAAAGUGACCAUUUACCACCAAGUAUUAGUUUAAUGUUUUAGAUAAUUAAUCAAAAUAUCCUGUAAGAAAUUAACCUAUAGCUUAUAAGACUGAUGGAUAAAUUACUGUGCCAAUUAAUGUUCAUCUGGAUUGGUUUACUUUUUUUGUUUAAGCCAUUUUUGUUAUAUAUAAUUAAGUGAGAUCUUACGUUGAGGACCUGUAGGGUGAGUUCUGUGCUUCUCCCAUACACAGACAGACAGACAGAGACCAGCCAGACAGAUAGACAGACAGACAGACUAAUUAACUGCCCUCCGCCAUCUUGCUUGUCUAUAUAUAUACAAGCAGGUAAGGUUAUCAAAAUCUAAUAAAAUCUUCUACUCUUACAUAAUAUUUACUAAGUCAAGCUGUCGGGUUCAUCUCCUCAAAACACCACUAGACGCCCCACAAGACUUCACAGGAUGUAAUACGGAUUCAAGAACGGAUUCAUGUGUUGGAGGUACACGAACGCACCAGGACUCAGUGUUGUGAUAACUCUCGUCUUUCUCCCAGAUUCUCAUUGUCUUAUAUAUUCCUCUCCCUCUAAAAAUAUAUGUCGUUUUUUUAAUAUCAGUUUUACCAUAGAAUAAUAAUAAUAAUACUUACAUGUACGUAGAUAAUAAAACUGUCUUGAAAUUAUAAUACUCAAGGCGUCUCAGAAAAAUGUAUACAAACUACAUAAAGAACAAGACAGUUUGUGUGUAUACAUUUUUCCGGGACACCUUAUAUAACCCAAACGAUAUCAUGUGUAUAAAUAUUUUGCUAAAUGUGACCUUCUGAAGCCCAUAUAUGACCUCAGAUUUAUAUAUAAUGUAUAUCCCCAAGAAGCCAAAGUCACCUAACACAAUGCUUUGACCUUUGUGACCCCGGGAGGCCAUUGGUCGUUCUCUAUGUAGUGACCUUUGAUGACCUAACUUGGGGUCAUUUUUAUCUUUAUUUGAAUUAUCUGGAAUUUGUGUUUGAUAUUGUUUUAGUUUUAUGGUUUAAUCUCUCCCCAUCUCUCUCUCUUUAUUUUCUACAUAUCUAUCUAUCUUAUUUCUAUCUCAAUCUACCCAUCACUCUAUUUAUCUAUCUAUUUACUUACACCCAUCUAUCUUCCCCUCUCUCUCUCCAUCAUCACCUUCCCCCUUGCUCCCAUCUUUAUUAACCUAACCCCCCAUUAUUAAGUCAUCCCCCGCGUCUCCUCACAGCCCCCAAAAUACAACUGGUGUAUUGUAUGAUCAUAACCCGCCCCCCCUGGCAACACACCAUAAGCCUACAACUGUAUCGCUGUUCAAUAUGUAAUACAAAAAAUACAACAAUAUUUCA